UAUAAUCGCACAUCAUAUAAGCAACCUCGCUAUAAGACUAAAUGACAAUAAUGCACUUGGACAAACAACAGAGCUUAGACUAAGGCAGGCGCAAUUACGUAACAAAAGCACAAAAUCAAUCCUCUCAAUAGAAGGUGAAAGGUUAAGAAGUCUAAAAGAUACACAUAAUCUUUUAGUUAAA